GGAAGUAAUGGACUGCCUCCUUAUGCGACAUGUAAAUUUGGACCUAAUACAAGAUACUGUAGGAACAACCCUGCAUUGGCCUUUAGGGAUGGAUUGGAUGUGAUUUAACAAGGCUAAAAGCAGUUUAACUGACCCAAAUUCCGUGAACUGGUGGUAUUGUUCCAGAAGCGGUCAGCUAAUUUUCUGGAGUUAGGCUUUCUCAAAGCCACAUCAGAAGGCAUGACUUACUAGUAACGCAGCAGUCUCUUGUAAAUGGGCGGCAACAAGAACAGUGAACUCACAAAGAGUUGCAUUUAGGAGCUGGACAUUUCCUGUACAGACUAAUUUGCAACUGGUCUCCACUCAAGAUGAGAACCUGCUUUGUACUUUGGGUUUCUUUAUGUACAGUUUGGUGUGCACCAGCCCUCUCGUCAGAUGGGGAAAAGACAGCUAUGGAGGGAACGAGCACUACCAUAACCUGCUCCUACGACAGAGGGAGAUACACGUUUAGCAGAAAGUACUGGUGCCAUGGAAGAUCCAGGUCAUCUUGUGAUAUUUUAGGCGAUACAGAGAAUUUUGUUAAGAGUGAAUAUAAAGGAAGAUUGUUGCUCUUGGAUAACAAAAGAGGAGACUUUUUGGUCACGAUGCACCAGCUGGUAGAAGAAGAUUCAGGAAUGUAUUGGUGUGGAAUACAAAAGCCAUAUGCAGAUAUAAUGACUGCAGUGAAACUCACUGUAACUGAAGAGCCUCUCUCCACACCUCUUAUUACUCUCACCAGCCAUCCCAGUGAAUCCUGCCUAGGGAGAUCAGUGACUGUCAGAUGUCAUUCAGCCACUGGCUCUAAUGUUUACUACACAUGGUACAGAAAGAGCUUUCCGACCAAUAUCAUAUCAGUGCACAGCAGCGACCUGGUGCUUCGCUGUGGAGACCUCCUGGAGAGUCAGAGCUAUUACUGCCUAGCUGCAACUCGCAGAGCAAACAAAUCCACCCAGGUGUUGAGAGCAGAGGUGCUGAUCCCGGCAAAAGAGAACUGCACGUACCAGUUACAAUUAACAGAUGGUGAAUCAUACAACUGUAUAAGAACAACCCCAGUGUUUACAGUUGAGACGCCUUCAACACCCUUCACAGGCUAUUCAACACCUUGCUCCAACUCCUCUAGCCAUCCUGGCACAGAAGAUAGUUGGAUCCCAGUUCCAUGGGCCGUUCUGCGCUGGCUGUUCCUGGUUAUUCUAGUAGCAUCUUUAAUCAUCAUUCAGAGCAACAGGACAUAGAAAAGUGGUGAGUUUCUUUUAACUGUAAAGACAAUUGUCAUUCAGUUCAAUAGCACAAUUAACAGUGUAACAAUUCUCUACCCAACGGUCAAGCAAAGAUGCUCAUGUGUAUAAUUUUAUAUAAAAGCGAUGUAUUAAAAUACUGUUAAUGUGCAUUUCACUAAUAUAUGCUCAAAUGUGACUUGAGAGACUAGGCAGGUUUUGAUUUUUUUUUAUUUCAUUUUAUUUGCUGUAAAUAUUUUACCAGAUUUAUAAAGACAAUUUCCAUUUCUACUGAAGCUUUUUAAACCUAUGAUCAAGGAAAAAAGCUUAUUUUCUGAACAGAAGCAGUUUCCUGCUUCUGCAUUGCUGGAAGCUAGCAGUUCUCCCUAGAACGCUGCUUCUGGGGAUUGCCAGUAGCGUGCACUCUGAUAUACUUACUCCCAAGCAGUAAAUCUUUGACCCACCAGGUCUUAAUAUAUGGUGUACUUAUUCU